AUGCCUAUUGAGGCAGCACAGGCAUUGGCAGCUUUCUUUACCGCAAUGGCUGGUGGAGCUCCGACUGGUCAAGUUCCACCUAUAGUACCACCAGUUACUCCUUUAGUUCCACCACCGCAAGAUGCAGUAGGGGAAGAAUCGGCUGCGUCUACCAUUCGUGCAGCACCUGCUGCUGAGCAGGCCGAUAGUCCUCCACAUCCUCCACCUGCUCCACCACCUACGGGUAUUCCCACCAUGCCUACUGAGGCAGCACAGGCAUUGGCAGCUUUCUUUACCGCAAUGGCUGGUGGAGAUCCGACUGGUCAAGUUCCACCUAUAGUACCACCAGUUACUCCUUUAGUUCCACCACCGACGGGUCAUAUUAGAAGUAAUUGCCCACGGUUAGGACGAGCCACGGUAGUUGCAUCAUUUUCACCAGCUCACACUGAUAUGCAGAGGAGAGAUUCUUCUGGGUUGCCACCGAGACAGGGAGUAGCCAUACGGUCCGGUGUGGAGAGUAAUACCCCGGCACAUCCACCUUCGAGACCAUAG